GUGCCCAACAUCCACCAACCCACCACCUCUCCUCCUCCAGCACUUCGAAGAUGGCACCAAUCCCCUCUACCGCGCCCAAAAAGUCCCUGGGCAAUGUAGUCGUAAUCGGCGGCUGUGGAUUCCUAGGCCACCACAUCGUCAAUCUCCUGCACGACAGCUACACCUGCAAGAUCUCCGUUCUAGACCUGCACACGUCGCGUAACAGACAUUCCUCCUCAGAAAUUACAUACUUCGAUGGCGAUAUCACUUCCGUCACUUCUCUGAUCAGCAUCUUCGAGAAGGCUAAACCAGAUGUAGUCAUCCAUACAGCGUCGCCGAACCUGGUGGGCGCGAACAAUGAUCUGUAUUACAAGGUUAAUGUGGAGGGAACCAAGAGCGUUAUUGAGGCGUGUCAGAAGACUGGCGUCAAGGCAUUGGUAUAUACCAGCUCUGCGAGUGUGAUUUCUGAUACCAUUAAUGACCUGGUAAAUGCGGAUGAGAGAUGGCCUGUUAUUCCAGCCAAGGCUCAGGCAGAGUAUUAUUCUACAACUAAGGCCCAAGCUGAAGCCCUCGUUCUUGCAGCAAACCGCUCUCCAAACGCACCGAAUUUCCUAACCUGCUCCCUCCGCCCAGCAGGCAUCUUCGGUGAAGGCGACGUUCAACUCAUUCCACCCAUGAUCAACGUCCACCGCACCAAUAAAACCGGCUUCCAACUCGGCGACAACCAGAACCUCUUCGAUUUCACCUAUGUCCUCAACGUAGCACACGCCCACCUCCUCGCCGCAUUCGCCCUGGUCCAAACCUACAAACUUGGCACAGCGCCUCUGGAUUACGAGAAAGUAGAUGGCGAGGCGUUCUUUGUUACCAAUGACGAGCCGGUCUAUUUCUGGGAUUUCGCCAGGGCUGUGUGGAAGGCUGCAGGGAGUGACAAGGGGACUGAGCAUGUCUGGAUUAUUGGCAGAGAUUUAGGGAUGAGCAUUGGGGGUAUUCUAGAGUGGGGAAUGUGGCUUAUUGGGAGGACGCCGAAGUUGACGAGGAGGCAGGUGAGAUAUAGUACUAUGACGAGGUACUAUGAUUGUGGAAAGGCAAAGAGGAGGCUGGGGUAUAAGCCGUUGGUGGGCUUGCAGGAAGGUAUUACGAGGGCGGUGGGCUGGUUUGAAGAGCAGAGGAUCAAGGAGGAGGAGAAGAAGGCUCAGUGA